CACACACUGAGAGCAGGCAAUUAUAAAUCAAACAAUCCAAAACAGGUUGUAUGUAAUGGUCAAGGUGUGACUUUUUCUUUUCCAUUUUAUUGAUGAACGCCUGUUACAUAAUUAGUCUGUUUCAUACACUAACAUUUAUUUUUUAAUAAUCUGAAUGGAUGAUGAAUUAAAUGCAACAUUUAUAACCCUUGGUGGGCAUGUGGAGGUGCACAGAUACAGAUUUCUUUAUUUUGUGAUUAUGUUCAUAGUAUAUAUUCUAAUACUCUGCAGCAAUUUAACCAUCAUAUGCCUUAUUUGGAUUCACCGAAACCUCCAUGAGCCUAUGUACAUUUUCAUUGCAGCUUUGUUACUGAACUCUGUUCUUUACAGCACUACUAUCUACCCAAAGCUUCUGAUUGACUUUUUAUCAGACAAACAGAUCAUAUCUUAUUCAGCCUGUCUCUUUCAAUCUUUUCUGUAUUACUCUAUAAAUGGUUCAGAAGUCUUACUGUUGGCAGCCAUGGCCUAUGACAGGUAUGUAUCUAUAUGUAAACCUCUGCAAUAUGCAACUAUCAUGAGAAAAACCACUGUCAAUAUUCUCCUAAUUUUUGCCUGGCUUCUGCCUGCUUGUCAGAUUGCAGUACCAGUAGCCUCUAGUGCUAAUACCAAACUCUGUAACUUUAUUUUGAAAGGAAUCUUUUGCAACAAUUCAAUUUACAAACUUCACUGUGUGAGUUCAAGAGCACUAUCUGUGUAUGGUGUGAUUGUUUUGUUAAAUGUCACACUUUUCCCUGCACUUUUCAUACUUUUUACAUACACACGGAUAUUUAUAAUAACCUACCAAAGUUGUAGAGAAGUCAGGAUAAAAGCUGCACAGACCUGUUUUCCUCACCUGUUGAUUUUGGUAAUAUUUUCCUGUUUGUUUACAUAUGAUGUCAUUAUAGUUAAACUGGAAUCUGAUUUUCCAAAACUGCACGUUUUGUAAUGACUUUACAAGUGGUUUUGUAUCAUCCUCUCUUGAAUCCAGUCAUAUAUGGACUAAAAAUGAAAGAGAUUUCUAAACAAAUCAAGAGGUUGUUUUGUCAA